GUAACUAAAUCUGGACCAUUAGAUCUAAGUGGACCCAGAAAAUUCAUAUCUAAGGGUUGUCAAUUAAAGGCAUUUUAUUUUUCCUAGUUUUCAUAAUCGGCUCUUAUCUUCUUCGUUUUAACUCGGAUUUCAAUUUUUUUUGCACACAUGGAAGAAGUUCGUUGUGCUCUACAAAAUGAGAUCAAUUUUCAAUAUAUUUCGAGAAACUUUUUUUUUACCAACUACAUACCAUAUGGUAACUUCUUCGUUUUUAAGUCGUUUCUAAAAACGUUUGCUCAGAAGGAACGAGUUCAUCAUGAUCUAUUGGAUCUACAAAUUUCUGGGUGAAAAAAAUACUGGACCAAAAAUUAUCAUACUUUACCACUAUGGUAUGUGGGUGGUAACUUGUGGUAAACAAUGAUGAAAGUAGUAAAUGACAGUUAGUAUACUCCUACUAUCAUGUAUUUAACCUUCUUACCAUAUUGGUAUGUUCAUACCAUCAUGGUACGCUUUCUUACCAUAUGGUAUUAAAUAUGAGCAUACCAUAUGGUAAUGACUGGUAAAAAAUUAUUCAAUUUUUUUGUACUAAAGAUAUAUCAAAGUGGAUAUCAUUUUAAAGAGCACAUUUAAUUUGAUUUAUCUGUGCAAAAAAAUUUAAAUUUUGACUUAAAACGAGAGAGAAAUCGUCCGUUAAAGAUUAAAGGGGAAAAUAUAAAAAACUUAAUAGGAAAGAGGGGAUGCAGAUGUCAUGCAGAUAUGAACAGGUUGCUGAUGGUUACUCACCAUAAGAGUUACUGACCUGAUCCGCUCCAAAAAGAAAUGUGGGUAAAUUGAGAAUUCAAUUAACAACAAUAACGUUUGAGGAAUUCUAAUAAGUAACCCUGCCAUUUUGGUGAAAAUCCUAAUUUUUUAGGGCUAGUCCUAGUGGUGAUGUAGAGGACACAUAAUGCACACGAACUUAGUGGUCAACCCUUUUCCCUGCUCCCACUACUUGACCCAUUGCUGGUUUGCAUUAUUUGUGGAAAAUGAGAGCCUGCAAUUAUGAUCAAGGUGGACAAAGUGAUCAUAUCCCAACCACAACAGAAGACUUGACCUGGCCUGACUUAGAGCUACACCUUAAUUCCCCCUACAAUGUUAUGGUUGGUUCAUAACUGGCGUCCAUAUAUAUACAAUAUAAAGAGCACCCAAGUAACAAUCUAGCGUAGAGUUUUCAAUCAGCUGAGACAAAAUUAAACUAGUUCGAAAUGAGUGUAGGAAGAUCAAAGGCGUGUUAUUAUGGUAGGUUCAUCACUGGGUUCGUAUGGGUUAUGGCACUGUUUACAGUUCCGGAAUGGAAGAUUUGUGAUGGGUGUUGGGAACAAGAAAGAACCAGUCUCCUCCAUCUCAAAGCCUCGCUCUCCAAUCCGCCUUAUAUGAACAGUUGGAGUUCUAAUGAGUACUGUUGCUACUGGGAUGGAGUUGGCUGCGACCCUGUCACAGGGAAAGUAACUAAGCUUGCUCUUGGUUAUCCCUACAAUAAUUCUGCUCGAGCAAUGCCGGCUAUCCAUGCUUCUCUGUUUCUGCCUUUCCAAGAAUUGAGAGUGCUUUCACUGAAAGGCUAUCAUAUCCCUGGUUGCAUCGAGAAUCAAGGAUGGCCUAAUUUGAAAAGAUUGAGCAUAUAUGAUUCCUUUAUUUCGUGUAACAACUUCCUUGAAACAGUUGCCACCGUCAUGACCAAUCUUACUCAAUUGAUGAUUUUAGAUUCGGGUCUUAUCUCCACUAUUCCUCAAGCUUUAUGUACCGUAAUGAGUCUCCGGGUACUAGACCUCUCUGCUAAUCAUCUGAUGGUGCCAACCAGGUAUAAGGUGUGGGAACCUCGCAUAUAGCUGGCAAUUUCGUAGACGACCAGAGGGAUGAGCAGUUGGUAUAUGUAGAAUGAUGGAUGUUUCUUCCGCUAUGAAUAAAUUUCGAUGUAUCAAUUUUCUAUAUGUAUUCUCGGUUAAUUUCUUUUUCUUCUUCUGAAUUACAAGUCUUUGUAAUAUUAGUAGCUCAUGUUAGCACUGCACGUCUACACCAAUAAUGGUUAGUGAAUCAGACGUUAAUCAAUUACGGUAGAAGCA